AAAAAAAAAAAAAAUCCUGGCCACAAUCGAGAUGGUUAGUGUUAGUACUAUUUUUAUCUAACCCUUCAAUAUUGUUCGAUAAGAGAAUAAGACUAGGCGUUGUAAAACUCUCAAGAAGCUUGUUGACACCUUGUUAAGACUUUGUACUCAAUUUUUAGAUGCAGAAUAUAAAAGUAUCAGCAUACUGUACAUAUUUUAUCAUAUUUUUGUUGUUGCAUACAAUGAAAUGAUAUGGGACUUGAAAAUACAGCUUUGAGAAGGUGAUCUGCUGAAUCUAUUGGCUUUAUUUCAAGCAUAACUUCUUUGGACAAAUGAGAGUGUUGGUUGUUUCAUACAAGAAAUUUGGUUGCAAUUACAUCAUGUCCUGUUUUCCUUUGAACCAAAAUUAGAUGCAAUGCUUACAAAAUAAUUUUUGGGUAUUUUUUAAUAAAGAUAGAUGCACCACAAUAAAUGUACAAUUGUAUACACAAAAUGUUCAAUGUUGUUAAUGAACACUGGUGAAGAGUACAAUGGUUUCCAGCAAUACUUCUACCUCAAGUUUGGAAGGAAACUUAACAUAUUGUUACCCACAAUGAAUUAAAAUGCUCCAUUGCCCUGAGCAAGCAAGUACUAAAAGUUAAUUUUUUAUAUUAGAUAACACAUACACAUGAGAAAUUCGAAGAUUUGCAUGCAAUGACAUGCAUUUAGAGAUAUUAUUCAAACAGGCGAUAAAUAAUGAUUUUUCCAAUUUUAUCAUGUUAUUUACUACAAUUGGUUGUUUAAAAAUAAAUCUUUUUAAUAGUCACUUCGGUGUAGUAGCUAUGAAUGGAAUUAAAAGAAGAAAUAUUUUACACUAAUAGUAGUGGUUUAAAUUGCAAAAGUAAAGGGCAAAUAUUAACUAAUUUUGGUUCUUGUAAAGUUGUGUGUAUAUAUAUUACUAUUUCCAAAUUAAAUUAUGUCCACUCCCACAGAUGAUAACUCUUUCAAAUGUUCCCUGUGCAGCUAUACAUGUACCAAACAUGAACAGUUAAAAAGACAUAUGGUAAUGCACACAGGUGAGAAAUCAUUUAAGUGUUCCCUGUGCAGCUAUGCAUGUAAUAGGAAACUUAAUUUAAAAAACCAUAUGUUAACUCACACAGGUGAGAAACCAAUUAAGUGUCCUCUGUGCAUUUAUUCAUGCACUCAAAAAGCACAUUUAAAAACCCAUAUGCUAACUCACACAGGUGUGAAACCAUUUAAGUGUUUCUUGUGCACCUACUCAUGCACUCAAAAGACACGUCUGAAAUCACAUAUGUUAACUCACACAGGUGAGAGACCAUUUAAGUGUUCUGUAUGCAGCUAUGCAAGUAUUAGGAGUCAGGAUUUACAAACGCAUAUGUUAACACAUACAGGUGAAAAACCUUUUAAGUGUUCACUGUGCAUAUAUUCAACUACUCGGAGAGUGCUAUUAAAAGCACAUAUGCAAACUCAUACAGGGGAGAAACCAUUUAAGUGUUCCCUGUGCAGCUAUGCAAGUAUUAGGAGUAGGAAUUUAAAAAUGCAUAUGAUAACUCACAGUGGAAAAUGUCUAGUUAACCCAGAUAACAUGCAUGUUGAAAAUAUGGAGGACGAUGAGAUUGAUCACCACUGCAUCGACACUGAUGUCGAUUUCAUCACCAGAGCAGGACACAUAGACAUUGCGGGCAACGAAAAAGUGGACAAGUUUGCCAAAGAAGCUAUUCUGGAAGUUAUGUCCACUCCCACAGAUGAUAACUCUUUCAAUUGUUCCCUGUGCAGCUAUACAUGUACCAAACAUGAACAGUUAAAAAGACACAUGGUAAUGCACACAGGUGAGAAAUCAUUUAAGUGUUCCCUGUGCAGCUAUGCAUGUAAUAGGAAUCUUAAUUUAAAAAACCAUAUGUUAACUCACACAGGUGAGAAACCAAUUAAGUGUCCUCUGUGCAUUUAUUCAUGCACUCAAAAAGCACAUUUAAAAACCCAUAUGCUAACUCACACAGGUGUGAAACCCUUUAAGUGUUUCUUGUGCACCUACUCAUGCAUUCAAAAGACACGUCUGAAAUCACAUAUGUUAACUCACACAGGUGAGAGACCAUUUAAGUGUCCUCUAUGCAGCUAUGCAAGUAUUAAGAGUCAGGAUUUACAAACGCAUAUGUUAACUCAUACAGGUGAAAAACCUUUUAAGUGUUCACUGUGCAGCUAUACAUGUAAUAGGAAACAUAAUUUAAAAAUGCAUACGUUAACUCACACAGGUGAGAAACCAUUUAAGUGUUCCCUGUGCAGCUAUGCAAGUAUUAGGAGUAGGAAUUUAAAAAUGCAUAUGAUAACUCACAGUGGAAAAUCCCAUUGAAGUGUUCCCUUUGUAUGUAUGCAAGCACGUUGAGGGUGCGUCUCAAAACGCAUACUAACUCACACAGGUGAUAAACAAUUUAAGUGUUCCCUCUGUAGCUGUGAUUAAUGCACUCAGAAGGUAUAUCUAAAACCUCAUGUUAACUCACACAUGUGAGAAACCAUAUAAGUGUUGUGACCAAGAAAUACACAAUAAUGAUGCUAUAUAAUGGAAAAUAAUGUACAGUGAAUUCGUCAGGAGUGCGAGUUUGUGUGUGAAGACGAUUCGCCGCGAUGGCCAUACAUUACAUUGCAUUGUGAUUCAAGAGAGCCAAUAUUAGGUUCCUAUCUUCAACAUAAUGUAAGUUCAAUUAAUAAUAAUUCAAUAAUUAAGUAGUCAUUAAUACGUUAAAUAUCUUACUGUAUAUUGAUUAAAACUGUAUAUUUUGUGAAACCUCCUAAAUUGUAAUAAAUUAUUAAUUACCGAUAUGUUCA